ACCUGAUGCCUUCCUUUAUCCGUCACGGUCCGACCAUUCCAAGACGAACUGACAUCUGCCCUCCCGACUCCACGCCCUCUCCCUACGCCCCUGGAGGAGAUGGAAUUGUCUCCAGGAACCAGAGUUUCCUCCGAACCCCAGUGCAGAGGCCGCCCCACGAAAUAAUGAGGCGGGAGAGCAACAGACUGUCUGCCCCCUCCUAUCUGGCCAGGAGUCUGGCUGAUGUCCCGAGGGAAUACGGCUCUUCCUCCCAGUCCUUCCUGACAGAGGCCAGUCCCGGGCUGGAAAACGGCGACCCCGGAGCCCGGUGUUAUUAUUAUGAUCACUUUUACGAGGCCCAGAGGAGGCGGCAGGUGAGCGACCGAGCCCACGAGGACUACAGGUAUUACGAGCACAACAGUGAGCUUUUCCAGAGGAUGUCCCAGAAUCAUGGGAGGCACACCUCAGGCAUCGGGAGAGUUGCUGCUACAUCUCUAGGAAACUUAACAAAUCAUAGUUCUGAAGAUUUACCUCUCCCUCCUGGCUGGUCAGUGGACUGGACUAUCAGAGGAAGGAAAUACUACAUAGAUCACAACACCAACACCACUCACUGGAGCCACCCUUUGGAGCGGGAGGGGCUCCCGCCGGGCUGGGAGCGCGUGGAGUCCGCGGAAUUCGGGGUCUACUACGUGGAUCACAUCAACAAAAGAGCUCAGUACAAACAUCCCUGUGCUCCCAGGUGAGGCAGACAACCUCCUCCUCUGUGUUUCCAACCCAACUCCGUUUUUGCCUUCAGCCCCCAAAAAACCCCCAAACCCGCCGAUACACCCCAUCUAAACCCUUUUUCCUUCCCCCUCAGGUAUGACCACAUCCUGAAGUGGGAGCUGUUCCAGCUGGCAGACCUGGACACGUACCAGGGGAUGCUGAAGCUGCUGUUCAUGAAGGAGCUGGAGCGGAUCGUGAAGCUGUACGAGGCGUUCCGGCAGGCGCUGCUCACCGAGCUGGAGCACCGCCAGCAGCGCCAGCAGUGGUACGCCCAGCACGGCAAGAACUAUUGAUUGACCCCCCCAUGGACUCUCUCUCUGUAAGGACACUCAACAGCUUUAAAAAAAAAAA